CGUCUGAGGGAAGCGGUCUGCGUCGGUGACACCGAUGCCGUGCAAGAUCUCGUGAAUUUAGGUGUCGACGUUAACGCACGACAAUCUGUCACUGGAUGGACUGCUCUACAUUGGGCAUGCAAACAAGGAUACUUGGAUGUUGCUGCCUUACUCUUAAAAAAUGGUGCAGAUAAGAAUCUGCGAUCCGAGAUAGGCGAAACUCCAGCGUCCGUAUGCAGCAAUCAACAAAUCUUGUAUCUUCUGGGUAUAGGUGGUGAUAAUCAACGAAUCAUGAACGAUUUGUCCUUACAUACUGUUACAUCUACAUACAAUCACCCAGAUUUUCUGCAUACUGCUGCAAAUCUCUCGAAAACCAGAAAUAAUGCAUAUAACGAAAGCAAAUUCAUCGCGAUGUCUCAAGAUGAAUUGAUAUUGAAAAUCCGAGUGGCCAAUACAGCAGAUCCGGAUUUCGUCGAAGUGGAAUUGCCGCGGAGCGAAUUGACAUAUCAAGCUCUAUUGUAUUUGUGUUGCAAGGAGCUAGAUCUCAAUCCACAUCAGAUCCAGAAAUUACGAAAAUUGCCCAACACCAGAUUGAGGAAAGAUAAAGACAUUCAAAGACUUGAAAACUUUCAAGAGAUUGAGAUAGUCACAGACACUACGAACGUGUACAAGAGUAUGCAAAAUGCGAACGGUGCCGCCAGCACUUUACUCGUGCAGUCUACGUUGCCGACUAAUGGAUAUCAAAGUAUAUCCAAGAAGGAUCAGACUAUUUUAUACUGAUCGCUUACAUUGGAAAAGAUCCUUCCUUUUAAAUAUUUCCAAACUCUAAUAUAUUAAUAAGAGUAACAAAAAGCUAUUUGUUAAACAAUAGUAUAUAUAUUUAUCUAAUAUUAACAUCUUAAAUGCAAUAAUCGAAUGUGAAUUAUAUAAGAUGUGAUAUAUUUAAUGUUAAUUAAAUUAAUAUGUUAAAUUAAUAUUACAAAUUUAGAUAGGGUAUAUUCUAAAUUUGUAUAUAUAGCAAAUUUGGAAAUAGUGAAUUUUUGUAAUUGUUUUUUACUAGAAUUAAAAUGAUUAAAGUAUAACAAUAAUUUUU